AUGGGCCGCGGGGCCGCCCCGCUCCGCCGCCUGCUGCUCUCCCUGCUGCUGCUGCCUGCCGCGGGGACGGGCGCGCCCGGAGCCUCCGGAGCGCUGGGGGAACCGGAGACGGCGGAGGAGCCGAUGGAGUAUCGCGACCCUUGCAAAGCCGCUGCCUUUUGGGGAGAUAUCGCUUUAGAUGAAGACGAUCUGAAGUUGUUUCAAAUAGACAGGACUGUUGACUUAACAAAGCACUCAGAUGGCAACGCAAGACACACUUCAGGAGGCCUGGGAGAGGAGGUGUCAAGUGAAAAUGUCACUUCGACUGACCAUAGUGACAAAGCAGUUAAAAAGGACGGCAGGCAGAACACAACGCUUGCAAGGAGCCCAAAGAGGAAAGAAUAUAAAGAUGGGUCUGGGACGGAUGCACACUCCUCUCCCAGAGCGCGCAGGGCAACCACAUCCAGGGCUGAGAGGAUCUGGCCUGGGGGGGUCAUCCCCUAUGUGAUCGGAGGAAAUUUCACUGGAACCCAAAGAGCUAUCUUUAAGCAAGCAAUGAGGCACUGGGAGAAACACACUUGUGUGACCUUUGUGGAGAGAACUGAUGAAGAGAGCUUCAUUGUGUUCACAUACAGAACCUGUGGGUGCUGCUCUUACGUGGGUCGCCGAGGAGGGGGCCCUCAGGCUAUAUCCAUUGGAAAGAACUGUGACAAGUUUGGUAUUGUGGCUCAUGAGCUGGGUCAUGUGGUGGGUUUCUGGCAUGAGCACACACGGCCUGACAGGGACCAGCAUGUCACUAUCAUCAGAGAGAACAUACAGCAAGGUCAGGAGUACAACUUUUUAAAGAUGGAAGCUGGGGAAGUGAACUCGCUUGGAGAGACCUAUGACUUUGACAGCAUCAUGCACUAUGCUAGGAACACGUUCUCCAGAGGAGUUUUCCUUGACACCAUCCUUCCCCGUCGUGACGAUAACGGGGUCCGGCCGACUAUUGGUCAGCGUAUUCGCCUGAGCCAGGGAGACAUCGCUCAGGCAAGGAAGUUGUACAAAUGCCCAGCUUGUGGAGAGACCUUGCAAGACUCAACAGGUAAUUUCUCAGCCCCUGGCUUUCCAAAUGGCUACCCCUCCUAUUCCCACUGUGUCUGGAGGAUCUCGGUGACCCCAGGGGAGAAGAUUAUGUUAAAUUUUACAUCAAUGGACUUAUUUAAAAGUCGCCUUUGCUGGUAUGAUUAUGUGGAGGUGCGUGAUGGCUACUGGAGGAAGGCUCCAUUAUUGGGUAGAUUUUGUGGUGACAAGAUUCCUGAACCAGUAAUCUCCACGGACAGCAGGCUGUGGAUCGAGUUCCGGAGCAGCAGUAACAUCCUGGGCAAAGGUUUCUUUGUGGUCUAUGAAGCUAUUUGUGGUGGAGAAAUACACAAAGGUGCUGGCCAGAUCCAAUCUCCCAAUUACCCAGAUGACUACAGACCUUCCAAAGAGUGUAUCUGGAAGAUCACAGUUUCUGAGGGUUUUCACAUAGGAAUCACAUUCCAAGCCUUUGAGACUGAAUGGCACAAUGCGUGCUCUUACGACUACCUGGAGAUCCGAGAUGGCCUCACUGAGCAGAGCCCACUCAUCGGUCACUUCUGUGGCUAUGAGAAGCCAGAAGACAUCAAAUCCAGUUCAAACAAAGUAUGGAUGAAGUUUGCAUCUGAUGCAACCAUCAAUAAAGCAGGCUUUGCAGCAAAUUUCUUUAAAGAGAUGGAUGAAUGUUCUCUGCCGGACAAUGGUGGGUGUGAGCAGCACUGUGAGAACACACUGGGCAGCUACAAAUGCACCUGUGAGCCUGGCUAUGAGCUGACAGCUGAUAAAAAGAGCUGUGAAGCUGCCUGUGGGGGCUUCAUCACCAAGUUCAAUGGGACCAUUACUAGCCCUGGAUGGCCCAAAGAAUAUCCUACUAACAAAAACUGCAUCUGGCAGGUGGUAGCUCCAGCCCAGUACCGGAUCUCUCUGCAGUUCGAAGUGUUUGAGCUGGAAGGCAAUGAUGUGUCCCGCCUCCCACCUCCCCAGUGCUGCUUUUGCAGGAAAAUAAUUGGAAAUGAACAAUGA